AUGCAACUCCCCAAGCUCCCAGCGAAGGCCGCAUACCUCCAUAUAAGGAACCCAGCGAAACGCAAUGCGCUGAGCCUUGAAGUUCUUGAGGAUCUCCGCACACAGCUGCUGUCGCAUCUUACGUCACGGGAGACGGGUAGGGUCUUGACUCUCCCUGCUUUCAAACCCUCCGUCUUAUCUGAACUCGAAACUGCGAGUCAUCAUGCCCACUCAAGAUCAGGCGGCUCAUCGAAGCAUCGCUGGCUUGUGGAUGCCAGCGAAUGGAGGCGUGUCAGGGAGGGUUUGCCUAAUGUGCUCAUCAUCCGCAGCACGGGCCCCGUCUUCUCCUCAGGCCACGACUUGAAGCAGAUCGCAUCUCUGUCCCACGCCGAAGUGAAGCACACAUUCGCUCUGUGCGCCGAGAUCAUGUCUCUCAUCCGGCACAGCCCGGCACCCGUCGUAUGCCCCAUUCAAGGCCUCGCAACCGCGGCCGGGCUGCAGCUGGCAUUGUCGACGGACUACCCCAUUGCCCUCUCCACGACCAAGUUUCAGCUACCUGGUGCUAGAAUCGGGCUUCCGUGCACAAGCCCCUCCGCUGCCGUAUCCCGUCGUCUCCCACCGGGUCAAGCCUACCGGCUUCUUCUUUCUGCAGAAGCAGUUCCAGCAGACGAAAUGCGGGGUGCUGUGGAUGUGGUGCCUACUCCCGACCAUGCAGAGUCCACCGACACAGCCGCCGCAGCUUUCGAGGGGCGUGUAGCAGAGAUAGUGGAGCGGUUGGCAGGGUCUGCAGGGCAACCUAUGGCUCUCGGAAAGUGGGCGUUCUGGACACAGCUCGGCAUCAAAGGCGACGCUGUCCAUGAGGGAGGAGGAGAUGGUUAUGAAGACGCCGCAACCUGGGCCGGCCGGGUUAUGGCGUUGCAUGCGCGGAGUGUUGAUGCAAAAGAGGGCAUGUCAGCUUUUGCUCAGAAACGAAAACCCGUAUGGCAAACGUAA